AUGUCAAGCUCAACUGAUAACAACAAUCAGAACGUACUGUCUACUUUUCCCACAGCUCACCACAUGAAAUCUACUCCGGCAUUAUCUCCAAGCGUUUCAGAGUCAAAUAUCCCGGAUAAAGCUGGAGAACAAGACAGCAGUGUGCCUUCUGAUAGUUAUACUACCACAACAGGAUCAUCAAAUGAAGAAUCCGAGAAGCAUAAACAACGACAAAUUGAUGAUUUAUUUGCUGCUUUGAAAAACAAACUGUCGGAUCAAUAUAAAUACAUUAAAUUUACUCCCAAAACUAUAAAGAACACAUCCGAUUAUAAAAAAGUGGUUUCUUUUGAUGAUAUAGACAUUCAAUAUGAAGAUGAUGGAUUGCCUGAUCCAGAUGAUGAUGUAGGUUGGGAACUUUACAGAAUGAAAAAUAGAGGAAGAGAAGGGGCUAUUCCAGGCUACGGGAGAGAAGAAUUCUUUCGUUCUCAUUCACCUAUGGCUUCUCGACUUUCUCCUUCUCCUGUUAGAAAUACAUUAGAUUUAGACUCAAGAUUAGAUAUGAUGCAUAUGGAAAAUAAUUUGGUUCAAUAUCCAACAACCCCAAUAACAAAUAAAAAGGGAUGUACAUUGAGAAAACGACACAAACUUUUUGAUACAUUAUCUCAGAAUAGAUUGACUUUAAGACCUAUGUUUAGAACCAUUUUGGUGUACAUAAGUGCCAGAAUUCAUACUUGGGUUGCAUUGGAUUGGAUUUUAAGUAAAUUCAUUGUGAAUGGUGAUCAUGUCAUUAUUGUGGCUGCUGUUGAUCCAAAAUUAGUUCAGUAUUUAUCAACGAGCAAAAGAGGAAGAAGUUCAGCUGUAUCACCAUCGCUUUCACCACAAAGAAUAGGGGCACUCUCGCCAGCAAGAGGACGUGUUGGUGCCACUCUUUCACCACUGAGAAGUCGAGUUGAGGAAACUCCAUUUGGAAGGCUAGUGGAGAGAAGCAAACCAAGCAAUGUUGUCAAGAUUGCUGAUAAUAUAAUGAACUAUGCCAUGGAAGUUAUUAACCCAGAAAUUAUUGCCAAGCUAACAGUUGAAAUUGUUGAAGGUGGAACCAAGGAAGUCUUGAAAGAUAUGUACAGAUUAUAUGAACCUAAUUUGGUGUGUACUGGUUCAAAACCUAACUCAAAAGUUGCUGCGCCAUUGAGAUCUUGGCAAUCUUCUAAAUUAACUGAUAGAUUGGUAAAGAAUUUCCCAUUACCAGUGAUUGCAGUUCCAGCAAUGAAUAUGUAUGAAUUUGAAGAAAACUUGGAAAGCAUUAUCAAUCAUGGUAAAGAAUUGCCAAAGCACAAGUUUUCUGAAAUGAAAGAGGCCAUAAAAGUCUCCGAUAAGGAAGAAAAUAAAAGCGAUGACGAUGGAAGUGAAAGUGAAAGUGAAGAAGAUGAAGACGAGGUUAGAUCCAUCAAUUCAGGUAUUUCACAGGCAUCUUAUGACUCUUAUUAUGAAGUUGGAAAUCAAUUUGUUGAAUAUAAAGAAACUAUUGAAAAAGGGUUAGACAAAUUGAAGGCAGCACCAAUGAAUCAAGAUUAUUAUGCCAACAUGGCUCAAUUCAUUUCAGACGAAUCAUUACAGUUCUGUUCGGAUAUCAUUGAUAUUCAACCUAGCUUCACUGGUCAUGGUGCCAAUUUAGCCAGAGCCAUCACGGGAUCCAAUUCUUUUGGUAAAGCAAGUUACAAAUCCAUGCUUGAUACUUCACAAAACGAAUCACAACAAAAUAAAAUGUCAUUUAAGGAUGUCAAAGAACAAUUGAGAUUAAAUAGAAUAAAAACUGAACUGGAAACCAAUUCUUCAUCAAUGCCAGCCCCUCCGUCAAUUGAUGUUUUAAGUCCAACACCAACACCAUCACCUUCUCCAUCUCCAUCACCUACACCAAGUAGAGAACCGUCACUGUUGAAAUUUGUCAAUUUGGAAAAACCUUCAGCCGAUAGGAAAAAACUGACUCAACGAAUUAGUCCAUUGAGAAAAUGUUUGAGUCAUAGUGAUGAAGCUGUUAAUACUCCUAAAUUAGAACCAAGAAAGUCUCAUCCUGGUAUGUUAGAACAUACUAGGGAUGACUCCAAAAAGAAGAAAUCAAAAAAGAAGAAAUUUUGGAUAUUCUAG